GUACGAAAUCAAGAAGCAAAAAUUGUGCGUCGGAGUUAAAAAUAUAAAGAGAGAUCAAGUAUAUAUAUAUAUAUAUAUAUAAUAGAUCGAAAGCCGUAAAAUUAUUCCAUACUCAGGAUGUCGAACAAGAUGCAUGGAGCCCCUCCUGUUCACGGGGCUAACCUUAUGAGAACGCCAAUGCGGCCAAUAAUCGCUGAAUACGACCCGAAGAAGCACGGGGUGAAAACAGAACUCUCAGACAUGGUGCUCGUCAAAUACAAGUGUGAGAAAAAUGACGUUCCAAUCACCGUCAGCAACGGGUCGACCCUCCCUCUCGUCGAGCGUCCCGACGACGAGGAGGCGGCCCUCUACGAUCCGUUCGAGCACCGGAAGCUGGCUCACCCAACUUCCGACUUAGACACCCUCAUCCAUCUGCUCAAGGGUAGCUUGGGCACGGGGAUCCUUUCAAUGCCCAUGGCCUUCAAACACGCUGGAUUGGGCUUUGGUCUCGUCGCCGUCUUCUUCAUCGGCGCCAUCUGCACCUACUGUGUUCACAUUCUGGUUAAAUGUGCCCACGCUCUUUGCAGGCGGACCCAAACACCGAGUCUCGGCUUUGCCGAAGUUGCCGAAGCCGCGUUCUUCGCUGGACCUGAACCGGUUCAAAAAUACGCGAGACUUGCCAAAGCUACGAUCAACACGUUUUUGGUUAUAGACUUGAUCGGGUGCUGUUGCGUAUACCUAGUGUUCAUUGGUGAAAACGUUCGAAAGGUCGUCGACGGCCAAAUGGGAACUACGACUGAUCUAAGGCUAUAUAUAGCCGCCCUUUUGCCACUGCUGAUAGUCUUCUCCCUUAUCAGGAACUUGAAAUGGCUAGCGCCGUUCUCCAUGCUGGCCAAUGCUCUAAUCGCCUGUGGUUUGGCAAUUACCUUUUAUUACAUAUUCCAAUACCUCAAGCCCAUUAGUACUGUCCCGUUAUUCGCGCCAUUGGACGAACUACCAAUGUUCUUCGGUACCGCUAUUUUUGCAUUGGAAGGCAUCGGUGUUGUUAUGCCCCUUGAGAACAACAUGAAAACUCCAACUCACUUCAUCGGUUGUCCCGGCGUAUUGAACAUUGGGAUGUUCUUCGUUGUUCUGCUCUACGCAGUCGUCGGUUUCUUCGGUUAUCUUGCCUUCGGAGAGAACACUGCUGCCACCGUAACGCUGAACCUGCCGAACACUGUUCUCGCCGAUUGUGUGAAGAUCAUGAUCGCUAUUGCGAUAUUCUUCACCUACGGUCUGCAGUUUUACGUACCCGUUGAAAUAAUAUGGAAAAAUAUCAAGCACCGUUUCGGGGCUAGGAAAUUGACCGCCGAAUACUGCCUGCGAAUUGCCCUAGUUAUUUUCACCGUCGUCGUCGCCAUAUUGAUACCGAAUCUGGGACCUUUUAUAUCCCUCGUCGGGGCCGUAUGCUUGUCAACUCUCGGUCUCAUGUUCCCAUCUAUAAUCGAACUUGUCACUGUAUGGGAGGCCGAAAACGGCCUUGGAAGAUACAACUGGCGGUUAUGGAAGAACAUCGCAAUCAUUUCCUUUGGUGUACUCGGUUUUGUUACCGGUACCUACGUCAGUAUACAAGACAUUAUCAAAGGGUAAUGGAAAACAGCUGAUUUUUACAUCGGUUUAAUCGAGGUCGCUUCGAGGUAGAGCUCAGGAUUAAUUGAUUCGGUUUUUUUCUAUUUGCGAAAUACAACCUCGAGAAUACUAAAUUCGCGGUGCCGCGAAAAAGACACUCUGCUGCACACCGCGGCUUUGGUGAUGCGGCGUCUGUAAUAUGGAACGGCACCGCGGUGCCCAGGUAUUGCUUAUUACACGAAAUACGAAGACAGACUAAAACACAGUUGCGCAUCGAUUCUCUCUCUUUGUCGUUUAUCUACCCACUUCUAGACGCACACACACACACCUAUACGCAAAAGAACAUCAUUAUACCAAGAAGUGAAAAGUAUACAACACACCAGCUUCACCUGUCGCUAAUCGUUAGAAUAUUAGAAACGUAUUAUUUUUGUUCCAUUUUUCUUUUUAUACGUUUUUAUGGAGUACAGUUUUUUUUGCCUUGAGAGUAUUAUUAUUAUUUUCUGCAUAACCAGUAUGGUUUCCUAUUUUCACUAUACAUUGCACAUUUUUUUUUCUUUUACAUUUUGCAUGUUAACUUAUUAAAACUACGCGAUUCUUAUAUACUAUAUAUACAUAUACAAGAGAGUAUACAUAUACUUACAUUCUGUAUUGCGCACACGAUAGAUUGCAUACGAGAAAGAGAGAAAGAGAGAGAGAGAGAAAAAGUAAGACACAGAGUGCGAAGAUACACGUGAAUCUUUUUACGAUUGAUAUUCGCUAAGUCGACGAACAUCGAAGGAAAAUUGAUAAACAGUCGUUAAACAAUAGCUGCAAUGACACAAAGUAAAAAUACGUACAAGUAUGAUACAUGAAUCAGAUGAUGGAACGAGAAUGAAAAAAGAAGAAAAAGAAAUUGAGACCUUAUGCCUUUGCAAAUUCUUUUUGAUGAAAAAAAAAAAGAAAGAAAAA